AUGCCUCGUCCGACAAGAGCAUCAGCCGCAGUGGGCGCCUCAAAUUCCGCAGGACUUCCCUCCGAAAAUCAUAUCGACUCACCACAAAUUAAAAUGGAAAUGACUCCACCACGAAAUCAUCGAUCUGGACUAUCACGCACAAAAUUGGAAGUCGCAGAAGCCACAGAGACCGCAGAAGCACCAGCAGUCGAUAUUUCUACCGUUUCUCGUGCAACAAAAAGUACAUCUCUGGAAAUCUCUGACGCUGAAGGGGGUGAUUUAUAUGGCACAGAUUCGGAUGGCAUUUCAGAGGACCCAAUCUCCACGGCAUCGAGGAUUACUACCUCCAAGAAGAGCAAGGUUGCGGAUGAAGAUUUCCAUAAUAUUGAUGGUUCCUCCGAUUUGGAGCAAGAGACCAAUCAUUCUUCCGGAUCUCGUCUUCCCGCUGGAUCUGAAUUGUCUCAAGUAGCCAAAGGAAAAAAGAUAGAUCUUCCUCGUGAUGAAGAUAUGCUUGACGUUGACCAAAUUGCAGACAACGAUUCGGAUUCCGAGCCUCUUGAAUGGACAGAUGACGACCAAAUCUUGUUGGAUGCGACAUACCCCCAAGAACUUGCCCUUUAG